UAAUAAUAUUCCCCUUGGGUGUUUUACUUGCAUCUUAUUCUCAAGCAGAAGCCCUGAAAUCGGAUUCUGUGGUUCCUUCCCAGGCUUAGAAGGAUCGUCACAAAAUCCCAGCUCCUGAUUAGGAAUCUAGAGUGAAGAAGCCAUGUUUCUUCUUGAUUGGUUCUAUGGCAUCCUCUCCUCUCUCGGUCUCUGGCAGAAAGAGGCCAAGAUCUUGUUUCUAGGGCUCGAUAAUGCCGGCAAAACUACCUUACUUCACAUGUUGAAGGAUGAGAGAUUGGUUCAGCAUCAGCCUACUCAAUAUCCUACGUCUGAAGAGCUCAGUAUUGGGAAAAUUAAGUUCAAGGCGUUUGAUUUGGGUGGCCAUCAGAUUGCUCGCAGAGUCUGGAAAGAUUACUAUGCCAAGGUGGAUGCUGUGGUGUACUUGGUUGAUGCCUACGACAAAGAGAGGUUUGCUGAAUCAAAAAGGGAACUUGAUGCUCUCCUUUCCGAUGAGGCUUUGGCUAAUGUUCCAUUUCUCAUCUUGGGGAACAAGAUUGACAUACCUUAUGCUGCUUCAGAGGAUGAGUUACGACACCACCUUGGCAUGACUAGCUUCACCACUGGCAAAGGCAAGGUAAACCUGGCAGACACAAACGUGCGUCCUUUGGAGGUGUUCAUGUGCAGCAUUGUGCGCAAAAUGGGUUAUGGUGAUGGCUUCAAGUGGCUUUCUCAAUACAUUAAGUAAGGUAAUUUUCAGGGAGAUUAUUGGCAGAACCACGGAAGCCGCCAUCCCACCACGCCCUGUCCUAACAAAAAAGUUGUACUCAUCCCCCGUUUAAAUUGGAUAUAUCGUGAUCUUGAUCUGUAUGGAAGGAGGUAUUAAAAUCACUGCUCUGUAAAAUUUUGUUGUGGCAGCAAGUUAAUUCUUUUUUCUUGUAGUUUGUCGGUUGAGUUUGCCAACUCUUUGCUGUAGUGUUAGUACGGUAGAGCCAGAAAAUUAAAAUUUUUAUUAUAUUAUCGUUA